CGCCCACUUUCAGGCUUUGGGGAGACAGGGGAAAGCGAUGUGCGUCUUCUGACGCCUGGUUUCACCGCAUCACCUUGUCAACUUUCACUCCCUCAGUCUCUGUCCUGACCCUCCCCACAUCCCUCCUUGAAGCCACUCAGGGUGCCGCGCGCACGCUGGGGGCAGCAGGGUCACAGUCUGUCUGGGAUGGCUUCCAAUUUUAAUGACAUAGUGAAGCAGGGGUACGUGAGGAUUCGGAGCAGACGCCUAGGGAUUUAUCAACGAUGCUGGUUAGUGUUUAAGAAAGCUUCGAGCAAGGGUCCAAAGCGACUGGAGAAGUUCUCAGAUGAACGGGCUGCAUACUUCAGGUGUUACCACAAGGUGACAGAACUCAACAACGUGAAAAACGUAGCCCGAUUGCCAAAGAGUACCAAGAAACACGCUAUAGGGAUUUAUUUCAAUGAUGACACCUCAAAGACCUUUGCUUGUGAAUCAGAUCUUGAGGCGGAUGAGUGGUGCAAAGUUCUCCAAAUGGAGUGUGUGGGGACCAGAAUCAAUGAUAUCAGCCUCGGAGAGCCCGACUUACUGGCUACCGGGGUGGAACGUGAGCAGAGCGAGAGAUUCAAUGUGUAUUUGAUGCCAUCUCCUAACCUAGAUGUACAUGGCGAAUGUGCCUUGCAGAUUACGUUUGAGUACAUCUGCCUUUGGGACAUCCAGAAUCCCAGAGUUAAACUCAUCUCUUGGCCGCUAAGCGCCCUGCGGCGGUAUGGACGUGACACCACGUGGUUCACUUUUGAGGCAGGGAGGAUGUGUGAGACUGGUGAAGGAUUAUUUAUUUUUCAAACACGAGACGGUGAGGCCAUCUACCAGAAAGUCCACUCUGCUGCCUUGGCCAUAGCAGAGCAGCAUGAACGGUUGCUGCAGAGCGUGAAAAAUUCAAUGCUCCAGAUGAAGAAGAGCGAGCGGGCAGCAUCACUGAGCACGGUGGUGCCCCUGCCCCGCAGCGCCUACUGGCAUCACAUCACGAGGCAGCACAGUACAGGGCAGCUGUACCACCUGCAAGAUGCCACCAGCCCGCUGAAGCUUCAUCGGACAGAGACUUUCCCAACCUACCGGUCUGAGCACUGACAGCCACCGCCAAGAGCUGUUAGCACAUAAGUGCUGCAUCAGCCACAGAUCCACGUGCAGGAGGACACAAAGGGACAGCCAGGGAGAGUGCAGGAUGAAGAAGAGCAGCUUCACACCCUGCUAACAUGUGUGGUCGUGGGAAACACUGCGGAACAACAUAUGUAUAUAUUUUUUUCUUUUCUCUCUCUCUCUCUCUUUCUUUCUUUCUUUCUUUCUUUCUUUCUUUCUUUCUUUCUUUCCUUCUUUCUUUCUUUUUUUAAAGAUACAGCCCUAACCUCAUGGAAACAUCCUGGAUAAUAUCAACCCACCCUGUUUUUAUAGCUGGACAGAAGGAGUCGGUGUCACUACUAUGGACUGAUUUUCUAUUGGUGACAAGUGCCCCUUGUGCCUCUCUGAGUCUGUCCCUUUGUGGAUUUGUGUGGUUUUCCUUGUAAGUGUUUCAGUCGUAAGAUAGUCAACAUGGACAAUAAAAUGCCUCUUCAGUA